AUGGAUUCGGACGUGGAAGGAGCUGCCGGAGCAGCUGCGGCUGCGGCUGCGCAGGAGACCAAUGCUGCUGGCUCGUCGCACGUGGGGAUAGCCGCCCCAACAUCAGGCAAGAAGAAAAAAAGCAAGAACGGCCAGUCUCCGUUUGUGUUCAACAAGGAUCCACGCUAUUUGCCAAACCUGACGAAGCUAACCCUUAGCAAGGGCUACAUCGAGGCAAAUGGGAUUGCGAUGUGCACGCUGUCGCCGAAGGAGCAUCUUCAUGAUGCGGAGGCUGCCAAGAAGUCGGAGGAGCUGCCUUGUCCGGUGUUCGAGAUACCGGCCAAGAUGUUUCCGCGCAACGCUCCGCUGCAUAAGAUUACGUAUUUGCCAGUGGAUUUGCUGCCGAUGGGCUUCGAGGCUGGCGGCAUUUUUCCGACCGGCGUGCUGAGCCGCAAGUACUAUCCAUGCAGGCUGCUGGGCGCGCGCUACAGUGGAAUGACGCCUCCGCUGUUCGUGGGCUGUCGCCGUGUGCCAGUCCAGAGUCUACUAAAGCCUCUGACGCCUGCAGGCGCCACCGCUAUGGUGCCAUCGUUGCCCAUACCCACCAACUAUCUGGCUCCGGAGCUGUGCCUUGGCUACAUUCUUACGCACUCUGAUCCGCCGACCACCUUGCGUCGCACUGUCCCGUUUACGAACGUAUCUACACUCUACGUGCCCGACCUGAGCGCCGUGCCAAUGAUGACGCACUAUUCGACGCCGCUGUGCAUCACCAUCCUAUCCGACUACAUUCAUCCGCACGUGCCGAGUGUGGCCCGCGCCGCGCUGACCGAGAGAACGCCCACGAUUGAGUUACCAGCCAGAUAUUUCUCCCAAGAAGCCAACAUGGUCAUGAGGCGACCAGUUCAUCUACCGGAACGCUACUUGCCGCCCGGCUUUGUUGCCGGCUGUGUGUUUGGGCCCGACAGCGUGUCGCGUAUCCUGUUCAUGCUGUUGCUAAGAGAUGCUCCGCCGGAUGUAGAGCGCAACGUUCUGACAGUACCGCCGAUCUUCGUUGGCCAGUGGAUGGACAAGAAGACGCCGAAGAGGUAUUUGUUUCCCAAGGAGACCUAUAUGAUGAGCUUUGUUCGGCCGACACCACCUACUAAUACGCUGGAAGAGGACGUUGAGGUGGUUAGCGACAGAGUGCAGGCAUUGCCCAGGCUCAACGAGAUCGAGGAGUCAGAAGAUGAGGAGCCAGAAGAUGAGGAGCCAGAAGAUGAGGAGCCAGAAGAUGAGGAGCCCGCGUUGGAGGAGGCAGCAGGAGGAAUGCUGGAGCUUGAUGAGGCAGCAGGAGGAAUGCUGGAGCUUGAUGAGGCAGCAGGUGGUGAGGAACCAGUGGGUGAAGAGUCAGAAGAAUACCUCAAGGAGGAAUAUCUAGAUUAUGAUGAGCUGGAAGACUACGAAUACGAAUACGAAUUCGAAUAUGAUCCCGAUCUCGAAACCUACGAAUUCGACGAUGAAUCGGUAUUGUCGCCGUUGGAGGACGAGACCGAUGAAGAUAAUCGCUCAACGACGCCCUUUGUCAACAGUGAAGAUGAUCGCUCAACGACGCCCUUUAGACCGAAGAGAAUUCCAUUCCCGUACACGGUGAAAAUGUGCUCGAUACCACUUGGUGACAAGCCCUGUGGCGGCGUCUGGUUCUUUAAAGUCCGGGGUAAUAAAGAGGACAUCGACGCUAUGCAUAGGGACUUAAAGGCCGCCGGCAUCAAGCUGGCCACGGAAAUUUUUGAUCAAAAGACACUGCGGCGUGCCAGACUCCAGUGGGUUGACCUGCACGCUCGACACAGUGAGAUAGUCGCCAAUAUGGUUCAGAAGCAUGAAAAGAAAGUUGAGCGCCCUCAGAAAAUUCGCAAACCAAAGCCUCCCAUUGUCAAGCCCACAUGCACUCACGCUUCCACGGAACCACAUCGGCCAUGUCCCUCGUCCCGGCUGGGCGGAAGGUGCUGUAAUUGCCAAAGGAAACUCAAUUAGUUUUCCAUUGAUCACAAUCCCAUACAAAUACUUAUUGGCAGCAGCGCGCGUACUGCAAUCUAUCGAUAUGCAUAUCGAUAUACACACAAUUAACAUAA